AUGCCACCUAAAAAAAAAGCAGCUGCAGCCGAAGAAGUAACUUCAUCUUCUGAUGUGCCCAAGAAAUACGAAAAAGUGUCAGGAAAAGCUAAACCAGAAUCCAGCAACGCACCUGCUGUGGCAUGGAGAACUCCUCUUCAUCCACCUACGAUGGUGAUGGUUAACGAAGCGCUGAAGGAGUUGGACUCUCGAAAGGGGGUCUCCUCGCAGGCCAUUCGCGGAUUCAUAACAGAGAAAUAUCCAUCUGUGGACCUGGUGAGGUUGAAAUACAUGAUACGCAAGACCCUGAAAAAAGGAUUCGAGGGAGUACAGGGGAGGUUUCGGCUUGCAGUCAGGGGUAGGAUCAAGGAGCCCAAGCCAAAGGCCACUGAGAACACUGAUCCCAAUGUGGAGAAGGCUCCAAAGGCUGCCAAGGUUGGAGCCAAGAAGACUAAGGACAAAGAAGCCUCUGAGAAGAAAAAGGCUACAGCCAAAAAGCAGAAGGAGAAACCUUCAGAGGCAAGAUGCAAAAAAAAAAUGUCUGCAAAAGCAUCUGCUUCCAAGGUGGCCCCUGCUAAGAAGCCCAAGUCGAAGAAGACAAUGGGGGAGGGGACAGCUGAGGAUCAACCCAAAGCACAGAAGACUACCAAGGGUGAAGGGGCAGCCAAGAAGGGUGCAAAGGCCAAAGCUUUCCAGAAGCCUGCAAAGGGUGAUGAAGGGGACACUGCUGCUCCUGAAGCUAAAACCACAGGGAAACGAGAUUGCUUCACAGGACCUGCACCUCACAGAGACAAAGACACAAGUCAGGAAGACAGGGACAGAAGACCUUCUGUUACAAACUCACCUGAGGGCAAAAAUGUGGACGGUACAGAGGUGAUGAGAGAAUAG